UGCAACGCGAAGUAUUCUUUUCUUUCCUUUGAAAAGCAAAACACCCUUUCUUCCUUUUUAAACCUUCCAAAUCAACUUUAUUCCAAGAAGCUCUCACAAGACUAGUUCCCGGCCUCCAUUCGGUUUUUCCAUUGAUCGCUUCGAAAUUAUGGGUAAAAUUUGGGUGGAAGUCUCUCUGAUUUCUGCUCGAGGGCUCCGGCGUUCAUCUCUGUGGAAGGUCCAGUGGUUCGCCGUUGGUUGGAUUGACCCGAAGAACAAGUACUGCACAAGGAUUGAUGCCUCUGGGAGUUCGAACCCCCAGUGGAAGACGAAGUUUGCGACCCUGAUUGAUACCUCGGGCUCAGGAUAUGGAGACUUAGCCCUGCACAUCGAAGUUUACAGCAGGGAGCCAAUUUUCCUGAGGGAGAGUCUCCAUGGAACAGCAACUAUCUUCCUGAAGGAGUUUUUCUUGAAGCAUUCAAAGGGGGAAUCUGUUUCGAGAAGAGCUAUUGAUGAAGUCGCGAGUUAUCAGCUUCGUAAGGGGAAUUCAAAUAAGCCCCAGGGAUUCAUUGACAUUUCUGUUCGCAUCUCGGAGGAAGGAGAAGUGCCUAGUUCCUACUCUGGUAAUGGAGGAGGAAUUGUGCUUAUGGCUCAUAACCAUCAUACAACCUCUGCAAAGGAUGAAGAUUCAUCAGAUGAUAUUUCAUCACCUCAAGCCCCUCCAACACACCUUCCCAUAAUUCGUCGAGCCCAGGAAAACCGAACAAGAACAGAAUUCCCGCAUGAUUCAUCAGAUGAUUUACCAUCAUCUCAAGCCCCUCUAACACCACCCCAAAUAAUUCGUCGAGCCCGAGAGAACCGAACAAGAGCAGAAUUCCCGCACAGCCAGAGUGGUGGAAGUACUUAUUCCUCUAUUGCUGGGAUGACCCGCCCACCUAUUGGUGGGCACCUGCCUAGGUAUCGACCAACCCAAACACCUCCCCCACCGCCGCCGCCUUCUAAUGUCGGUUUCGUACCCACUUUCCUGCCAAGAACUGAAAAUCCAAACUCGGCAGGUAACUACAUGAACAUGCCCCCCGCCACAGCGUCACGUGGGCAGAGCAGGACACGAGGAUUUGAGAUGGGACUGGGCGCUGGGGCUCUUGCUGCUGGUGCUCUUAUUUUCGGGGACGACUUCAUGUCAGGAUUUGAUGUUUCUGCUCCUGCAGGCUUACAAGAUGCUAGUGUGACUGUAUCAAUGGAUCCUCCUUUCUGAUGCAAUCUCCUCUCUGUAAUUUAUGACUUAUCUCUGUUUCCUAGUUUGGUUCCUAUCGUUGAUCAGGUUUGUCACUAAAAGCUGCGCUGAAAAUGGCAGAACAAACAACUCUAUGAUUGAAUAAACAUAGUAAUGUUUAAUA